AUGAACAAAGCAGCGAAUGAACAGCUCAUAGAAAAUGCAAGAAGAACUCUAAUCAAGGCCCAAAAUCUAUGCCAAAAUUCAAACAUAAAGCUAUCAUCCGUAAUGACCACAGUGUCAGAAUGGCAAAGAUAUCGAUCAAAACUACAGUUCGUUACUGAGUGUAUUCAAGCCCAGGGUGAUUUUCUACUCAACGAUAUUCUAAUCAAGGGGAUUGGAUCUGGUUUGAUCGACAAUGAAUGGUCAACUGUAGUACUCACAGAACUUGUCAAAGAAAUGGAACACUGGCAAAAAAUACUUGUUGAGAGAAUUGAAAAGUUGGACAAUAUUUCCAAUGAUCUAGAUAAUGAGCAGCACAGUAAACUUGGUGACUUCAUCUCCCGAGAAAGCGUACGUACCCUUCAGGAAAAGCUGAAAGAGGUUCCCGUAAUAAGAAAGCAAGUGGACAGCAUCAAAAGCCAAUACCAAAUAAUGCUGAGGAAGAUAAGGAACCAGCUACUAGGUUCAAAAAUCUAUAAACUUAAGAUGGAAUUUGAAGAUAGUUUUGGCCUCGACUGUAAGGAUACUAUAAAAAUUGAAGAAAAUUUUACCUCAGAAGUCAGACAUAUGGAACAGGAAUUGGUAGAAUUUCUAAGAUCGUUUACAGAUCAUUUCGAUAAAUGCAAAAUGUUGGUAAACACAGAGUUAUCUGAUGAGGAUAAAAAUGAUCUAUUUAAAAUUGUACAAAGAGAUGACAGUGAACUAGAUUCAAUCAUGCAUGUGUUAGAGGAAGCUGCAGACGAGGUGAUCUCUUUUACUACAGAAGCAAAGGCAUUUCUCAACCAAAAAGAGGAGGAAAAAGAGGUCCUCAAGGCGUCUAUUGGGAAACUACUGAUGGAAUUAAAAAAACACGAAGAAUACUUGUCCGUUUUUGAAGGGAUAUCAAACUUGAUAGAAAAAUUCAAAUCGUCUUGCAUGCAGGACAUCCAAGAGGCAAAGGAACUACAUCAGUUUUACGAGAAAUUCGAAGAAAGCUACUACAGCUUAUUGAAGGAAGUUAGAAGACGUAAGGAUGUAGCUUCAAAGAUGUCUCGCAUCCUUCAAAACUGUGAAACACAACUGAGAGAUCUCAAUUUUGCUGAUAUCAAGGAACGUCAGGCGUUCUUGCUUGAAAAUGGUAAUUAUCUUCCGGAAAAUAUUUGGCCCGGGGAAAUUGAUGACUUAUCACCGCUAUUUACAUUAGAGUACCAGAUAAGAAAAAUAUAG